UCUUCCCCUACGUCUCAUUCAUCUUUAUAAAUGACUCGCACUGUCGCACAUUCCACCUAUCCUCUGUACCUCUCAAAUCUCACAACAGCAAAACUAUCAAACAUGGCCAACGUUAAGGUCGCCACCUUUUUCAUACUAGCUCUCCUCCUCUGCUGCUCCACCCUGUCCGCCAUAGCCGCCCGGCCGGAGCCGGCCUCUGCUGAUGGUUCUUUGGCAAAAACCCAAUCUCGGGUUGUUGAAGUAGAGCAUGCAGAAGAGAGCUGCGAAGGAAUUGGAGAGGAUGAGUGCUUGAUGAGAAGAACUCUUGCUGCCCACAUCGAUUAUAUCUAUACCCAGGACCAGAGCCACAAGCCCUGAAAACUUGCCCUGUUUUACCAUAACCAUAUAUAUGAUAUGACUAGAGCGUAUUUGUAAUACGUGUAGUGGUUGGUCAAUUAAAUAAUAAGAUGAAAUAUCUUUUAAUAUUGUUUGAGAUUUUGGGUUGAUUAUCAUAUUAUAUAAAUUCAUGUUUACCUCAGUGAGUAUUCAAUAAUGAUGUCGAUGCUAA